GCUCCCUGGAAAAGAAGAGAAGAAGAAAGUUUACUCGUUCUUGUUGGGAAACAUUAUCCAUUCGGAAGUAAUGGGGAAUUAAAAAGGCCUGUAGGUGAGCUCGUGCGCAUAACACCGGGACUACCGCAGCCGCCUCUCCCUGCGGGGGAAAAGACACCGCUGAGCUCCGACCCACGCUCCGGGGGCAACAAAGAGAACCCCUCAACUACCGGAUACGGUAUCUAACAACCGGGGACGCGCAACCGUCUGCGGGUACGUAGAGUUGCGGGGAAGACACGGCGCGCCGGGAAAUGGAAAGGGACUCAUGAAUGAGUCGUGUGGCGAACAAAGGAGGACACCUCUGUCGGACUGACCGUGCCGAGUCAGAGGGGGCAACGCCGUGCGAGAAAUGGAGGAGAAAGGCUCGCUCGAGCCAAACCAGAUACCUGCGACGGUCACCUUUUGGUCUUUGACGGGGUCCUUUUCAUAACAAGGCCCCUCGUUGUCUACCCUUUAAAAAAAACAUCCACCCCCUACUCCCCCCUUUUUUUUUUUUUUUUUGGUCAAAUGCUUCAGUGUUUUUUCUAGUCCCGUGUGACAAUGAGGGUGGACGUGUUGCAGUUGUUGUUCGGGCUGCUGCUGCUCGGCGGCGGCUCGUCGGCGGCAUCGUGGGCCGACUGCAAAGCCUACGACGAGCGCUCGAAGAGCGGUGGGAAAAGCCUGUCCUCCGACAGGAAAGUGGUCUGCAGCAACAUGGAGCUCCAUCAGGUGUUACCCACGGACUCCUUCCCCAACAGGACAGUCACGCUAAUUCUAAACAACAACAAGAUUCAAGAACUCAGAAAUGGGUCCUUCGUUGGAUUAUCUACGCUUGAAAAAUUGGACCUGCGGAGUAACCUGAUCAGUCGUAUUGAACCCGGCGCUUUCAUCGGAUUGCUAGCGCUCAAAAGACUGGACUUGUCCAACAACAGCAUCGGCUGUCUCAACGUAGACAUCUUCAAGGGCCUCAGCAGUCUGAUCAGACUAAACCUUUCAGGGAACAUAUUCUCUUCAUUGACUCAGGGGAUCUUUGACAGCUUGGUGUCUCUGAAGUCAUUGGAGUUCCAGACGCCGUACCUGCUGUGCGACUGCAACCUCCUGUGGCUGCUGCGUUGGCUCAAAGAGAGGAGCAUCGCGGUCAAGAACACCAAGUGCUACUUCCCCCAGUCUCUCCAGGGCCAGCUCAUUCCCUCCAUCCGACCGGAGCUCCUCACUUGUGACGCUCCACUCGAGCUGCCCUCAUUCCAGCUGACUCCGUCCCAGCGGCAGGUCGUCUUUCAGGGGGACAGCCUGCCGUUCCAGUGUCAGGCUUCCUUCGUGGCCGAGGACAUGCAGGUGCUGUGGUACCAGAAUGGCCGCAUGGUCAAGUCCGACGCCGCCCAAGGCAUCUUCAUCGAGAAGCACAUGGUGCAGAACUGCUCUCUCAUUGCGAGCGCCUUGACCAUCUCAAACAUUCAGCCUGGGUUCACCGGGAACUGGGAGUGCCGAGUCAAGACGAGCCGUGGCAACACCACCAGGACCGUCCACAUCGUCGUGUUGGAGAGUUCCGCCGAGUACUGUGCCCCUGAACGCGUCUCCAACAACAAGGGAGAGUUCAAGUGGCCGCGCACCCUGGCAGGGAUCCGAGCCUACCUCCCCUGCAACAGACUGCCAUCGAGCGCAGGCACCUACUCGGGCGGCCCGGGCGAAGAGCAGCGGGCGUGGCGCUACUGUGACCGCAAGGGGCUGUGGACGGAGGAGGACUAUUCCCACUGCCAGUUCCAGAAGGACGUCACGAGGUUUCUAUACGUCAUCAACCAGAUGCCCCUGAACGAGAGCAACGUGGUGGCCAGGGCUCGGCGGCUGUUGGUGUACACGAUCGACGCGGCCAACUUCUCAGACAAGAUGGACAUUAUCUUCGUGGCUGAGAUGAUCGAGAAGUUCGGCAAGUUUGUCGAGAGGUUUAAAGACCUGGCCGAGGUGAUGGUCAGCAUGGCCAGUAACUUGAUGCUGGCCGAUGAGAGGGUGCUCUGGACGGCUCAGCGGGAAGCCAUGGCCUGCUCCCGCAUCAUCGCCUGCCUCCAGAAGAUCGCCGUGUACCGCAUGGCCACGGUGCAAAUCCUCUCCCUGACGUCCCCCAACAUAGCACUGGAGGUUCACGUUGUCAGGGCCAAUGACUGGAACGGCAUGACCUGCAUGCUGUACCAGAGGCCCAGCCCCGAGCGCACACCGGGACAGGACCGCCAACUCGCCUUCAAAUGCAACACAACCAGCUCCUUCUCCAGCAUCCUUCUCAAGAGCACCAUUGUGGAGGCUUCCCUGCAGCUUCCCCAGUCCCUCUUUACCCAGGCUGCGCUCCCCGGGCAGGCAGAGGACACGGUCUACAAGCUCCAUCUACUGGGCCUCCGCAACGGCAAGUUCUUUCCCUCCACCAGCAACUCCUCCCAGCUGGCCGACAGUGGGAAGAGGAGGAGUGUCGCCGCCCCGGUCAUCAUGGCCAUGAUCGAGGGCAUGUCCCUGCGCGUCCUGAGGACGCCCGUUAACGUUACCCUGCGUCGGUUUGCCCGCGGCUCAGAUGCCGUGUCCGCCCGCUGGAACGUCAGCCUGGUGGGAGGCCACGGAGGAUGGCAAAGCGACGGCUGCCGCAUUCUGGGCCAUCACGACAACUUCACCACCAUAUCGUGCAACUCUCUGGGGAACUACGGUCUGCUGAUGGACCUCAGCAGCGUGGACUAUUUCUCUCCAAGCAUCCAGCCCCUGCACCCAGUCAUCUAUGCCACGACUAUCAUCCUACUUAUCAGCCUGCUCACCAUUAUCAUCAGCUACAUCUACCAUCACAGGUCUGUCCGCGUGAGCCGCAAGUUUUGGCACAUGUUGGUCAACCUCUGCUUCCACAUCUCCCUCACCUGCGGGGUGUUUGUCGGCGGCAUAAAUCAAACGCGAUAUGCAAGCGUGUGCCAAGCGGUGGGCAUCUUGCUGCACUAUUCCACUCUGGCCACCGCACUGUGGGUGGGCGUGACUGCGCGCAACAUUUACAAACAGUUGACGCGCAAGGCUAAGCGCUACGAAGAGCUGGACGAACCUCCACCCCCACCGCGGCCCAUGCUCAGGUUCUACUUAAUCGGCGGAGGGAUACCCAUCAUUGUCUGCGGGAUCACUGCAGCAGCCAACAUCAAAAACUACGGCAGCCGGACCAACGCACCAUAUUGCUGGAUGUCGUGGGAGCCCAGCAUCGGGGCUUUCUACGGCCCAGUGGGAUUCAUCGUCUUUGUGGACUGCGUGUACUUCCUCAGCAUCCUGCUGCAGCUGCGCCGCCACCCCGACCGCCGAUACGAGCUCAAGGAGCCGAGCGAAGAGCAGCGGCACCUGGCCGCCUCCAACGGGGAGGCGGGGUCAGAAGGCCCCAGCAGCCACUGCCUCCCCCUGGUCCCGCAGCCUCACGAGGCCUCGUCCUCCGUGGCGUCCGCCCCCCACCCGGUGCCCCCGUCGGCCCUGGAGAACGAGCACACCUUCGCCGCCCAGCUGAUGGGCGCGGCGGGGGCCUUGGGGCUGUACGCGGCCCUCUGGGUGUUCGGGGCCAUGUCCGUAUCCCAGGGCCACCCCUACAACCUGGCGUUCACCUGCCUGUUCGGGGUGGCGGCGCUGGCCCUGGGGGCGUUCAUGGUGGCGCAUCACUGCGUCAACAGGCAGGACAUGAGGCGCCACUGGUCCCAGGCCUGCUGCUCCGGGAGGCGGGCCUACUCCGCGCAGGAGGACGUCCUCCUGCCCCCGCCGGGCGCGGCCACGGCGUCCACGGCGGGCUCGGCCAGCAAGGCGGACGGGGAGUCGACCAAGUGCGGCCACAGCAGCGGCGACUCGUCUUACACCAAUAAGAGCGCGCCCAGCGGGCGCAACUCCGCCCACGGCAGCAAGCUGACCAAUCUGCACGCCGAGGCGGCUCAGUGCAAGCCCGCCGCCGCCGCGCCGCCGACCGCCAACGGGGGGGCGGCGGCCGUUUUGGACACCAGCUUGACGGAGCAUUCGCUGGACAAUGAGAUUAAGAUGCACGUGGCGCCGGUCGAGGUGCAGUUCCGCCCGGUGAGCAACAUCAACAACCCGGCGGCGGCCGCCAACGGGCACGCGGGGGGCAGGCACCACAAGAACCGGGCGCGGGCGCACAGGGCGAGCCGGCUGACGGUGCUGCGAGAGUACGCCUACGACGUCCCCACCAGCGUGGAGGGCAGCGUGCAGAGCGCCCCCCACAGGCGGCACCACCAUUACGACAUCGCCGCCCGCAACAGCCGCCGGGCGGCGUACAUGGCGUACAGGGAGCGGCACCAGAGCCAGCAGCAGCAGGACAGCAGCGACAGCGCCAGCCUGCCGCGCCGCUCGCGCUACGCCGAGAAAGGAGGCGUUGGCGGCAGCAGCGUCAUCGUCAUCCCGGGGAACGGGACGGAGGCGGCCGAGGAGGCAGAGUGCGUGGCCCCCGCCGCCGCCGCCGGGUCGUGCUCGAGCAAAGAGGCCGGCGGCGCAGAACUGGAAGGCCAACCCAAGUCGUACGGGCUCAACCUCGUCAGCCAGGCCGGCGGCGCGGUCAAAGAGAACGGACACGCGGCGCCUUUAGUGAACUCGGAGAGCGCGGCCGGCGUCAAGACGGGCCUGUGGAAACAUGAAACUACCGUGUAGCGACCGUUUCCGUGACGCGCUCUCACUUCAAACUGUGAAAUGUCUUCUUUUUUUUCCUUUCCUUUUUUGAUUGUACAUUUAUUUUACGAACAAGCAAAUCAUUACUGCCACUGAACUAUCUUUGUCAAUGUGUUUUUGUAAAAUGUCUAUUUUUAUAACUUUCUAAUUGUUCUGUACUGCAUGGUCUGAGCUGUGUGCAUAUCAUCACCCCGGGGACCCUUUAAAAAAAAAAUGUUCUAGUUUGUCCCCACAAUAAUAAUAAAAAAAACUUCUGUUCACAGAA